AUGCAAAUCAUUUGCUUCAAUGGCGAUUUCUCGUAUUAUUCAUCAACUUGGGAUUCAGAGAUGUAUUACUUUCUGUCUUAUAUCUUUCAUCCUUUUGUGUUUAGAUGUUGUCCAGUCUGCUUUUACAACUUGUAUGAUCUCAUUUAGUACUUAUAGUUCUAUGUUAUAGCAUAAACGAUAAAGACAAAUACUUGCUUUUAUAUCAGGGAUGGUAUUAAUUUAUAUCAUCCGUUGUGCUUCAUAAUUGCUCGGCUUUUGAUGAUCAAUUUUAUUUAAAUCAACAUACAUGUACCAGCUGUAUAUUUUGAUGCAGACACCUGCAGCUAACGACAAGUGAAGAUUAAGGGAAAUGCCAAUAAACAAUUCAAUAUUUUUUUGGACUGA